GCUGGGGUAACCUGUGACUUCCAGCUCCCCUCCCCAGAUGGACAUCGAGUUCACUCGGCUGGGGCGUUUGGUAAGGCUGCUGGCCAUGCACUGCCAGGACCCAGUGGACAACAUCUGCUUCCUGUCUGCAGAGGCUGUCUACAACCUCUACUGUAUCCUCCUGCUGCAAAAGCAGAUGGGAAGGAAAAAACAGGGCUUGUGGGAAGAAGAGGGCACGAGUGAAGUCUAUAGCCCCAACGUGUUCUAUAACAACACCUUUGAGAUUGCCAAGGCCUUUGCAGAGUACUUCACACAGGUGCAGCUCACCACCCUGGUGCUGACAGCCAUGGAGGGCCUGACCGACAGCAAGGCCAAGGUGUCUCUGGCAGUGGCCCAGCUGAUGAGCGUGGUCAUGAAAGAGCGUGGCGGAGACAUGAUUAAGAUGGAGGAAAUCGUGGAGGGGAUCCUGGACCGGCUCAACUCCCAGCUGGAGCCCAGCACAAAGGAGGAGGUUGUGCGGGGCAUGUGCUUGCUGGCCGGCAACAACACCCAGAGUAUUGUGCCUUUGCUUCUCAGCAAGUCCCUGCCUUGGGAUAGAACCAGUCUGGCCCUAUGGAAGGCAUUUGGCACCCAGCGCCUGCAGCUGCUCAUAGGCAUCCUGGAAAAACCCCACUCCAGAGAGGAGACUGAGGAGAUGGCCUUCCAGCCUGUGGCGGUGAUAUGUGCCCUGUGUGAGAUGCUCUCAGGGUCCCUGUGCCAGGAGGCCGUCCAGGAGCUCUACCCCUGGCUCUUGAUGGCUAUAUUAUGUCAUCUCUGCUGGGUGAUUGAGCAAAAUGUCCCCCAGAAGAUGGUGGUCUAUAGCAAGGAGGGGGCCCAGGCAGCAAGAGCAAGCCGUUUUGACCCCACGAGUUGUGCCCUGGAAGUCGUGAAGUUGGUGUUCUUGGCUGCUGCAUAUGAUGGAGUGGUGACCUAUGCAAAUCAGCAUCACUGCUGGGACCUUCUGUCCUGCCCCAGGUUUUACUACAUAGGGAUCAUGGACCUCACAAGCGGCAUUGUGAAGACCUGUGAGCCUGCCGUCCUGCACCGGGUCCUCAACCUUGUCAGGAACUACCUCUAUAGCUCCAGCUACCAUCGGAAAAUCCUGGCCAGGACUUUCUAUGCACAGCUCCUCUGGCACCGGUCAGUGGCUCAGACUCUGGGACAAGACUUUCUGAGCAAUCUGAUCAAGUGGGUCAAAGACCCCAACCUCAUUAUGAAAGAAGUCGGGCUUCGUGGAAUCAGUAACCUGGCACUGUACCCAGGACAAUCAGAAUCACUGAAGAGCCAGGUUCCAUUUUUGCGAGACUUGCUGAAGAAUGAAGCACGAGUAACAGUGCAGGCAGUCAAGAGCCUACGGAACAUCAUCUGUCAUGGGAAGGGAGAGGACACGAAGGUGGUUUUUUGCAGCAUCUCCAAGCAACUUCGUCCACUCAUCAAUGACGAGAGGGACCAGGUGAAGAUCUCGGCCACCUCUGCCCUGGGCUACAUGUUGCAUCACAUUUACAAAUUCAAGCCUGGACUCUCCACCAGAAGAGAGAUCUACAGUUUCCUAGUCCCGCUGCUGCUUAGCUUUCAGGAUAACAACCCUGAGGUAGUCAAGGCCUGCGGAGGGGCCCUGACUAAGUGGACCACUGUGAUCGGCUGGUUAUCACUCACCCAGAUAUUCAAGCAUGCCACCCUCAGCGAUCACAUCCAGGUGUUGGAAGAGACCUGCAAGUACCUGGUGAGCACAAGCAAAACCCAGCUGGUGGGGGACUUACUGUCCCAGAGCUUUGACUUCCUGAAGAGCCCUCAGUCCUUCCUAAGGGCAGCUGCCAUCAACUUAAUAGCUGUUGGAAGUCUGAGGAAUGAUCCUGUGGAGUCUGUGCAGUCUUUGGUCAAUACAACUCUGAAAAAAAUUGAUGAAUAUGUUAACCCCGGGUUUGUCGCUACUUCCAGGUUGAGCCAGCUGAGUAAUAACAUCUUCAAAGUCACAGGCAUGAAAACCCCAAAAAGAAAGAAGCGGCUAUUUAAGGGUGUCAAAUGGGAAAGAGAUGACAAUCAGAAAGUCUGGAAGUGGCUUCAAAGCCCUCUGAAUCCACUGCGCAAGCGGUCCAAUAGGAGGGUGAAAAAUAGUCCAGUCAUAAUAGGCAAUUCAGAGAAAUAGUCAGUAUGGUCACAGGUCCCGACGUCUGGAAGUCCACCUGCAGAGGCCAGGGCCGCCUAAACUAAGUUGCUCCAACUGCUCUGGGACUAAAGCCUUUUCCAUUUGUUUGUCCAGAUGUCAGGAUUUUGCCUCCCAGUAGCUCUCCGACCAUAGUCCCACCAGAUGGGCUACUUUAGGAUUACACCCAAGGAGGCACUUUUGAUCUUAGAAGACACAGUGUGUUUCUGUUCCUUUGUCCCCCUUGGGGAUUUCUGGCCACCAGCAUAUUCAUUUGUCAAUAAAACUUAUUUGCUCAUCCUAA